GCCGACUCAACGAUGAUUCUAGUGCUUGGGGCCUCGAGCGUUGAUCUCACGCAGAUCGGUUUCAUAAAUUCUUUGGUUAUCUGUCUCAGAUACCGGUAAACGCUUAGUUCCUUUAUACCUCUGAGCUUCCCUUUGAAAACACGAGACGAAGAGGAAAGUUGGCCGAGUUAUAUUUGCGACUGACAACUCAGGACCCCUUUUCUUCCGCUGUUCUUGCAUUUGUCCAGGCACUGGCAGGAGAUAUAAUCACACACAGAAAAUUUUUCGUUUUUUGGUCCUGAGUGACGCUCGGGGUUAUGCGUUAUUGGCUCUGGGGAGGCUCGAUCGUUUACUUGUUUCUGCCUGCAUAUCUUUCUUUUGAUGCUCUCAUAAGAUUUGGAUUUUUGGAAGUUCCUGUCGUGGAUUUUGGCUUUAACAGGAAGCUGGAUAAAAUGAUGUAUGAUAAGAAUGAGAACGCUCAAAUGGAGGAUGUAUCAGCUGAAGCAUGUCAUCUUGAGUCUGAUGAGAAAGAAGCCAUGAAAAAUAUUACAAGAUACUCGGGUAAUGUAGAGGCAAAAGUAGCUGAUCAAAAAGGUGGAGUGGAUGGGGCAGAAGGGAAAACUUCUGAAGACAUUGGCGCAUCUGGUGAAGUUAACAUGGAGGCGUCCAUUACAGCUGAUGAUGUUAUUAGGGCGGGGGGAUUUGGUGCCAGAGAUGAUAUCAGUAGCUUUCUGCCCGUUGCAAGCGACUCUACUGACUUCGAAGCUUCGAUUCGUGAUGCACGAGAUUAUGAAGAAUCUCAGGGGAAAGUAAGCAGACCAGGCCUCGGUUGGAAUGAGUCAACAAAGGGAGAAUAAUCUUUCCUUCACUGUAGCUUGUACAAGGGUAUCCAACUUUUUGUUGUUUUUAUCCUUGUUUGAUUUGUUGGCGUUUCAGUUAAACCUUGUCAAUGUAGGGGUAUUCAAGCUAACUUUGGUUGGUUUGACUUUUGGAGUUGAGAUGCUGGAUUCUAA